AUGAAGGAUUAUAAACUAGUUGUUUUAGGCUCAGGAGGUGUAGGGAAAUCUGCCUUUACAGUUCAAUUUGUCCAAUCAAUGUUUGUAGAAAGAUAUGACCCUACAAUCGAAGAUUCAUAUCGUAAAAAAGUAGAAAUUGAUAAUCGAAUAUGUAUGUUGGAAAUAUUGGAUACGGCAGGAACUGAACAAUUUACUGCAAUGAGAGAUUUAUAUCUGAAAAAUGGACAUGGAUUUAUUUUAAUAUAUGACCCUACAAUCGAAGAUUCAUAUCGUAAAAAAGUAGAAAUUGAUAAUCGAAUAUGUAUGUUGGAAAUAUUGGAUACGGCAGGAACUGAACAAUUUACUGCAAUGAGAGAUUUAUAUCUGAAAAAUGGACAUGGAUUUAUUUUAAUGUUUUCAAUCAUUGAUCAAUCAACAAUUCAUGAUUUGGUGGAAAUAAGAGAACAAAUAAUUAGAUCAAAUCUUUCCAUCGCCUCAAUAUCUAAUCUUAUCACCAAUACAAAAAUCCUACCACCAAGGUUCCUCAAGUUUGAUUCAACUCUUUUAAAGAUUGAACAAGUUUCAAGACUGGUCGAUUGGAUAGAUCGUAAAGAUGGUAAAAAUUAUAAAUAUGAUGAAAUACCAUACAAAUUCAACUUGUUGGUUAGGGGAUCAAGGGAUAGUUUUGAUAACGAUUACAACGUUGUUAUUAGAGCAGGAGAUGAACAUAAUGAAAAGACUUUCUAUGCUCAUUCUGUUGUUCUAAGAACAAGAUCGCCUUAUUUUCAUACGGCUUUAAGUAGUGAAUGGGCAAGAAAAGAAGGGAACUCGAUUGUUUUCAUUAAACCUAACACCACUCCUGUUGUAUUUGAUCUUAUCCUUGGCGGAAAGGUUGAUUUAAAUAGACAAGAUAAUAUGGAUAUACUUGAAUUACUUAUUACAGCCGAUGAAUUAUUAUUAGAUGAAUUGUUUGAUCAUGUACAACGUUAUUUGUUGGACUUCAAAAGCGAUUGGUUAAAAAGAAAUGUCGUUCAUGUUCAUCGUUUAGUCCAUUCCAACGAAAAUUGCAGUAGAUUAAAGAAUUUUUGUUUGGAAAUCAUAUGUAACGAUCCUUUUACACUUUUUAAUUCCAAAGAAUUUUAUUCAUUUGAUGAAACUUUAUUAAUUCCUUUAUUGGAAAGAGAUAAUUUACAAAUCCCAGAAUUAGAAAUUUGGAAUUAUUUGAUUAAAUGGGGUAACUUGGCUGAUGGUAAAGUGAGUAGAGUUGUAAGAUACAACUACGCUAUUAGAAUUAAAGAUAAAUCCCAUGGUCCUUGUUUUGGUGAUAAAGAUCUUUGGAUGAAAAAUAAUUUCAACGGAUACGAGAAUUGUUCUUCCGAUAAAGAUGAUUACCAAGAGAAAAUCACUACUUUAAAUAAAUUCUGGGUGAUAGAAUAUGAAGUUUUUCAAGUUAUUAAAAAAUGA